AUGUCUCAACAGCAACCCGGAGACUCCGGCGAUGAGGUCCAGCCUUAUCGUAUCCGUGUAUCAAGCAAGUAUCUUGAUAUCACGCGACAGAAACUAGAGCUCACCCGGCUGCCUCAUGAGCCUCGUUCAAAAGAUUGGUGGGAGCCAAAGCCUCAAGUUGAGUCUCUUGUUGACUUUUGGCAAGAAUCAUUCUCAUGGCAGAAUCACGAAGAAGAGCUGAACCAAACUCUUCCCCAGUUCAGAACAAGUUUUCAAACUUCCACUUCAUCAACGCCAGUCCGGCUUCAUUUUAUUCAUGCCCGCUCUCCUCAUGCUAACGCUGUUCCUUUGCUCUUAAUACCCCCUUUCCCUUUGACCAACCUGUCGCUAGGUCACCUGGUUCAGCCGUUGAGUGAUCCUGAAGAUGCUGGUACAAACCAGCCGUUUCAUGUUGUGAUUCCGGCCUUGCCCGGCCUGGGUUUCAGCGAUGCUCUUCCUUCUAAUACACCUCCUGUUUCUACAACAGCUCAGCUACUGGAUAGCUUGAUGAAGAGAUUAUCAUACGAACAUUACGUUGGAAGUAACGCCGGCUCUGCUUCAAUUUCGCCUGCUGCUAUUGAUUGGAGACUGGCCCGGCACCUCUCAAUUCACUAUUCAGAGUCAUGCCUGGGAUUUCAUUUUAUUGCACCUCCUCUGACAUGCCCUACACUCUCGGGCUCGGCCAGUGAGUGGUUAAAAUGGAAACUUGCUCGACUCUUAGGCUCUUCAAUUUUGGGCUACUCCAAGGACGACCUCUCGGCUAUACAGAAGCAGAAGACGCCGCAGCUGAGCAAGAAGAAGUCUGCUGUUAGCCUGGGACAGCAAAGUCGCAGUGACUUUGAACCAAACACGCCGUCAUAUGCGCUGUGUGACUCUCCGACAGGCCUCCUCCUCUAUGUGCUGAAACUGCUCCGGACUCUUGGUCCCAAGAAGGAACUCACACCUAAAGACAUCAUCACUCUCACUUGUCUCAUAUGGCUACCUGGCCCUGAGGCUGCUCUGCGAUUCUGGGCUCAAUGCGCGUCAGAGAUCGAGCCUGUGGAGGGAAAGAGGACGACUAAGAAACCCAAGGUUGCCAUUACCGUUUUCACUGGAGACGAGGAUCAGGCUGAGCAGCAACGAACACUCCCACGACCUGCAAAGAUCAUGUACUCUUGCCCUGGCUGGGCUAACAGGGAGUACCACAUCGUGCACCUCAACCGAGCCCCUGGAACUCCAGGUUUCUUGGCUUGGGACCGGCAAGAUGUGAUAGUUGAAGGGGCGCGCGGUCUAGUGAAAGCAAUAUUGGCAAACGAUAAAAGGAUGCAAGUUGCUGAACAACCUGGGGCUGUUCUUCAGGAUCAGCUCGAAGUGCAGGAUGGCCGAAUAGCUCAAGCAGAUCUGUCUGGAACAACAGUCCAGGAUCCGAACGCCAGUCCGGGUGAGGGGCUUCCUAAAACUGGUGUACAGAAACCAGCAGGGGACGAUCAUCAACACCUUGUCCCUCCGCAAGCAGCUAUACACGGAGGUACUCAUUGA